AUGGUGUUGGCUGAACUCGGUCGUAAGAUCACCUCUGCCCUCCGAAGCCUUGGAAAUGCCACGAUAAUCAAUGAAGAUGUUCUUAAUAGCCUCCUGAAGGAAAUCUGCACUGCUUUAAUUGAGUCCGAUGUAAACAUCCGUUUAGUUAAACAACUGCGGGAAAAUGUCAAAUCCAUGAUCAAUUUUGACGAACUGGCUGCUGGUGUUAAUAAGAGAAAACUAAUCGAAAGCGCCGUUUUCAAUGAACUUGUUAGGAUUGUUGAUCCUCAAGUGAAGGCGUGGCAACCAACCAAGGGGAAGAGUAAUGUCAUCAUGCUGGUCGGAUUGCAAGGUAGUGGCAAGACCACUACUGCUACGAAGCUCGCCUACCAUUACCAGAAAAAGGGUUGGAAAACAUGCCUUAUCUGUGCGGACACUUAUCGCGCAGGAGCCUUUGAUCAGCUGAAACAAAACGCCACUAAGGCAAGAAUCCCAUACUACGGGUCGUAUACGGAAGCUGAUCCCGCUGUGAUUGCCAAAGAGGGUGUAAGGCGGUUUAAUGAGGAGAAGUUCGAGAUAAUUGUAGUCGAUACCAGUGGUCGACACAAGCAGGAAGAGGCGCUUUUUGAGGAGAUGUUGCAGGUCUCCAAUGCAAUCAACCCGGACCACGUAAUUUAUGUAAUGGAUGCAUCAAUCGGCCAGGCCUGCGAGGCUCAAGCAAGUGCCUUCAAAGCAAUGGUAGACGUUGCCUCUGUUAUUGUCACUAAACUUGAUGGUCAUGCUAAAGGUGGUGGUGCUCUGAGUGCGGUUGCUGCCACUCACAGUCCCAUAGUCUUCAUCGGUACGGGUGAACACAUUGAGGACUUUGAGUCCUUCCGAGUGCAUCCCUUCGUUAAAAAACUUCUUGGUCUGGGCGAUUUGGAAGAUCUCUUCGAGAAGGUGAAAGACAUGAAGAUUGAUGAGAAUGAAGAAUUGAUCAAGAAGCUAAAGCAGGGCGUCUUCACGCUUCGAAGUAUGUACGAGCAAUUCCAGAACAUUUUGAAGAUUGGUCCCCUAUCAGCUGUUCUUUCGUCUAUUCCUGGAUUGGGUCAAGAACUCUUUACUAAUGAUCGAGAGAGCCACCGUCGGCUAAAGCGUCUAAUGACCAUCAUGGAUAGCAUGAACGAUCACGAGCUUGACUCUGACGACGGAGCGCGUCUUUUCAACCGCCAACCCGGUCGAAUUCAACGCGUGGCUCGUGGUGCUGGUGUUAGCCAAGGAGAAGUAAAGCAGUUGCUAGUGCAGCACACAAAGUUCGCUCAGGUGGUGAAGAAGAUGGGCGGCAUAAACGGUCUUUUCCAGCAAAUGCCGAGUGCAACUGGAGGAGGGAGUGGGGGUGGCGGAGGCGGGCAGCCGAGCCUAUCAGACAUGGCAGCGGCUGCGCGAUCAGUGAACUCGGGCAAAAUGGCAAAACUCCAGGCCUCCAUGGCUCGUGCGAUGGACCCACGGGUGUUGCAUCAGAUGGGUGGGACUGCGGGUCUGCAGAAUGUCCUUCGCCAGCUCCAGUCCGGUAACUUUAGUGGGCUGGGUUCCGGGACGCCUUUUGGAUAA